UUCACAUGUGGCGCAGCGCAGGUUUUUUGCGUCACACUCCCCCGUGUAAUGAGGGUCAGCGCAGCGGCCGCAGGGUGAUCUACAUCAAUGCCAGCAGCCCGUCCAUGACGCCACCGCACGCCGCUGAACGCCCGCCCAGUGCUGCCGCCUGGCGGCAGGAGGUAGAAGCCGUAGUCGCGGACAUCGCACCGCAGGUGGCGUCUGCAGCGCCGUCGUCGCUGCCGGCGGACGCGGGCGGCGCGCUCCUCAACAUCACCACGCUGGAGGGGCGGUGUGUGACCGUGCGUCUUUCGGCGGGCGGCUUCGCCAUCUGCGGCGAGGGGCACGACGCCGACGACGGCGGCGACGGUCGGCUCUUCGAGACGCCGUACGCGCUGUUGCACAGCGUUAGUCCCGGUUUCACGGCUGCCUUCGGCCUCCAGCUGGCCGAGCGGCUGGGCCGGCUCGGUGCCGCACCAGCGCCGUCUCAACAGGGCUCGGUGGAUGACCAGGAGGUUGCCUUGGACGGGAAUCGCGCGGUGACGGCACGUGCGACCGACGGCGCCCGGGCGGCAGCCGAGCACGCGCCGGACGGACUCGACGGCGCUGACGGACUGGACAGCGCUGGUCAGAGCCGAUGUGGCCGGUUGUGAUCUGAAGAAGCGAGCGAGAACUCGAGUGUUUAUGCGGCGUAGCGAUAUAGGCACGCACAUGUCAAUCUGGAUCAUGCUGCAUCGUUGUCAGCCCCCGACUGAACGGCACCGGGUGGCAGGAGCCCUCGACCAUACGGUACGGGGUGGCAGGAGCCCCCGACCGAACGGCACCGGGUGGCAGGAACCCCCGACCAAACGACUACGGAUAGCAGGAGCCUCGGACCGGACGGCACUGGGAAGCAGGAGCUCCUCACGAAACCUUAACGCCGACAUCUGGGACGAUGUCAUCAGGUGCCCUCCGGUUUAGUAUUAGCUGGGUACGUGUCAACAGUUUGUUGUCCUCAAGAUGAGACGCUGGGCUGGCUUUUAGAAUUUUCGAGCUUCCGCUGUUCAAGUCCUGGGCAUUGCAUUCAGGGGUCGUAUGUGGACUGACUCAGACCUGCUUUAUCGCGUGUAUGGUGUUAUUGAUUUUGUGUACUCCUUUCAAGUUGUGAAGGAAAUAAUUCCCUCGAUGGGAACAGUUGAAAAACUGUUGCUUGGGAUAUGUGCUGUUUUUUCGUGUCAUAGCUGACACUUGAGUCACCUUUUGGAUAUUUGCUGUAUACCUUCGAGCUAUUUCCUCUGAACUUUUUGACUAUCUUCAUGUACUUUCUAGCCACUUCUUGUGUGCCUUUUGACUGUUUCCUGUUAAACGUUUGGGCAUGUAUUUUGAAAUACAUAUUCUGGAUCUAUUGAUCUACAAUAACA